UUGGUUAAAAUGCAAAGUUGAAAGGCCAUUCACGUAGCACUAUCGUAAACCUGCAGUAUAAGCUUAGUAACUACUUGUCCGCAUCAAAGUAUAAUAACUAAGUAGGCUUGCAACAGCUAACCUACCAUGUUUCGUGGUCGGCUGCCGCCGUUAGCUAUUGUCCCAAACCGUUGGCUUUUAACACGAAACUAACUCAGUACACGCCUGGAUUCGAACCCACACCACCACGCGUUUCUUACUUUUGCCAUGCAAACACCCUACCCACUACGCCGUCAUCGUGUGAUGGGGAGUCGGUGGUACGGAUCUAGACCGUCCAAUCAACAGUCAUUGCAGCAUGGUGUUCUUCAAAGAAUCUCAAAGGCUUUGCAAACCCGGAACAAUUCGCUAUCCAGUAUUUGAAUUUACCAAAAUACAGUGAGUUUUACGACUAAGUGACACAAAAAUAGGGUUCAGGAGAUUUUCUCUGCAAUAUUAGUACGAAAGAAACUGAGGACUUUGUCAUUUUUACCCCAUGUGUAUAAUUGUUUUUGGUUAUUUUUUUAAACUUAUUUACCGAAAACAACGCUGGUGUAUUUGUUUUGACAAUCAGUCUCAUCGACAUGGAGGUCGUAUGAGCUGUCGAAGUUCAAUGCUGAAUUAUUUGUAACUCAUGAUAAAAAAAAAUCUUCGGAAGCACCGAUUCGUUGAAUUUAUCUCUCGGGCUCAACAGAAGAUCUCAUUACGCCACAUGUAAGGAGCGCGGAGCUAUAGAUCUACGGCUCAUCUACGCUGGAAGUAUCAUUGAUGUCUUAUGGUGCGACAUAAUAACAAUCGGUGCAUUGCUAGCCCUGAUACGCGAAGCCUUGUACAAUGUAUUGAGUAAAACUUGGCCGUGUGUUCAUACCGAUCAAACCGGUACCAAGUAAUAUUUUGAUUGUUUUAGUUGAUCUGUGUAUUUCCCUAUGCCUCACGAAAUCAUCUUACUUCCACCAAGCUGUUCUAAACAAAUGGUAUGAAUAGUACGCCCGAUCAUACUUGUCUAAGCUUCAUCGAGUAGCUGGCAAAGGUGACUCUGUAUAUGCAUAUAUAUAUAUAUAUAUAUAUAUAUAUAUUAUAUAUAUAGGAACCGUUUCCGUUGCCAUUGUGAUGUCCGCUCCGACCGACCCGGUUACAGGACUAGAUUUCUUCAUCGAUUUAGUCGAAGAGGAGUUUUUACGAACUUACAACGGUGGUACGGCGAAUACCACGGGGAAAGAAUCACACAGCUAUUGUUUCCCAGAAAUAGUACGUAAUGAGCUCGUUAGUCGUUGCAUGGACGCCUGGUUGGUCAUGGAGACGUCUCUCCGGACGCAUUUCAAUAAAGCAGCCGCUAACCUAUCGAAACAGGAUGAGCACCGUGACGAACGGACGAAUCGUCGUACGGGAGGCGACGUGAAACGUGAACGUCGUCAAUCAUCGAUGAAAAAUGGCGCUUGUGGUCUCCAGCCCCCGAAACGUGUAAUCACAGCCUACUUCCAAUUCUGCCGUGAACAGAGACCUCGAGUGACACAGGAAAUGCACAACCGGAAUCUCAGCAUGUCCCUAAUUGACGUUACUCGAGAACUCGCUAAAAGGUGGAAUGAGAUGCCAGCUGAGCAGCGGGCGCGUUUCGAGCAACUCGCGGCUCAGGACAAAAGACGUUACGACGAGCAAAUGGCAGAAUUCCGUCGCCAAAGAGUCAAUUGCGGCGGCGGCGGCGGCGGCGGCGAAGAUGACGACGAUGAGGACGAGCACGGAGGUGGUGAUGGCGGCCGUGGCGGAGGCUACUUUGAUAGAAACACGGACCUUGAGCUAGGGGAGAACACGAGUGAAGAGGAGAAAGGUACUGAUGGCAAUGAUGACGAUGAUGAUUGCGAUGAUUGUGAUGAUAAUGAUUAUGAUUACAGUGAUUAUACUGAUGAGGACGACGGAGAUGAACAGGAAAAGGCGGACGAAGGUGAGGAAGGGGAAAACGGUGGACCGCUCUGGACAGCCAUGAAGAAAAGCGUCAGUGAGCAAAGCAACAGCCGAGAGCAGUCUGAUGAUUGUGAUGAGGAAAAAGAACAGGACGAUGAUGCUGAAGGGGAGUUAGAUAAUUACCAUGAUAAUGGUAAUGAGCGUGAUGAUGAUGAUGACGACGAUGAGCGUGAUGAUGGUAAUGGUUAUGAUGGUUAUGAUUGUGUUGGCGACUGCGUCGAAGAUAAAGAAGAUGGCACCACUCGAAGUGGAAGUCUCUCAGAAAUCGCCACGGCUUCACCAAGAAUUUUCGUAGACUCGGAUGAUGGUGAUGAUGUGGACGAUCGGGAUCUUCAUAAUGAUAAUAACAACAUCACAGAUCGUUAUAAUAAGAAGGAUACUGAAGCCGUGCUUAAGAAGGACGACGAAAAUCGCUACGAGAUUGAUGAUCAGGACAAAUCAGUGGUGGAUAAUGUGAAUCGAAACGAAGCAGGCGAUGGGACAUAGGAUAGGACCCCUUAAAGAAACUGGAUGUUUGUAGUGUAGUGGUAAAAAUAUCCUGUUAGAUCACACGGCAGACAGAAAUGCUGCUCUGGUCUGCCUAUGUUUUUUUUUUUUUACAGUGCUUAGUGUUAUCCAUUGAGUGCUUGCGAAGAAGCCCGUAGUAAUUUCAGUCGCAGUGCAUUUCGUUAAAUGGAAUGUUUUUUUGGCGCUAUUCUAUUAUAUAAUAAAAUGUACAUAUGGAUUACGUAAGAAAGACUGUCAGACAUUUUGCUGUUUAUAAGUCACGUCGCAAUGGAGUACUAAAAAAGGAUCAUAUC